AUGGAGAAGUUGAAGACAGUUAACAAGGGUGCCUGGGAGUACCUCAACAAAUUUGAACCUGAGACAUGGGUGAAGGCUUACUUCUCCCAUGGUCCAAAAGUGGAUAACCUCACAAACAAUAUGUGUGAGGUUUUUAAUGCAAAAAUAAUUAACUACCGCUGCAAGGCUAUCCUCACCAUGUGUGAAGAGAUCAAAUGCUAUCUCAUGAGGCGGAUGGUAAAUCAUAAACGAGUCUUGGAGAAUCACUCAGGGAGGCUAACACCAGUUCAGGAAAAGAGAACGGAGAAGCUGUUAAACCUAAGUACCAAGUGGACGGCUGAAUGGGUUGGUGACAAUGAACGAAAGAGGUUUAAGGCUUCUCGGAAAGAAACUAAGGUAGAUGUGGACCUCAUUAGGCACAGUUGCUCAUGCAAUCGAUGGCAACUGACUGGCAUGCCCUGCUUACAUGCAUUUGCUGCCAUUAGGAAGAGACAUGACACACCUCAUGACUAUGUUCACCCUUGGCUAUGCAUGGAGUCCAUCAGGAGGACAUAUGCACACUGUAUUAAGCCUGUUCCAAGCCCAAAAUUUUGGGUUGGAACUGAGUUAUCGAAGCCAGACCCACCUAUUAUCAAAAGGCCAAUUGGACGGCCAAAGGUUCAUAAUAGGCAAAAGGAUCCGGCUGAGCCACUCAUGCAAGAAGGAAAACUAAAAAAGUCAUUCGUUAUAUCCUAUAGCAAGUGUGGUGAGAAGGGCCACAACUACAAAACAUGUAAGGGAGCCCCUUCCAACCCAAACUGA